GUAAGGUCUUUAGCAAUAUUCAUUUAGCAUUAUUCAUGAAACUACUGCUGAACUGUAAACUAACAUCCCUGGAGCCCUCAUGAUUUAUCUUAUUGGACAUGCGUUACAUGUAACUUACGAGUAACUAUAUGCUGUUAAUGUAAUUAUAUUGUGCAGUAGUUUCACUUCAGCGUGAUGAAUAAAUGCCCAUCUAUCUCUCUUUGUAGACUUGCCUAACGAUAUCUCACCUCUACUCCCAUGAAUUCACCUUUGAUUCCAGUGUGAACUGUCAAUCAUAAGGUAGUAAUUGAGUGACGUAUCGCUGUACCGUGGUCCCCCUAGGUAAAACUCAACCGACCAACAAACAAAAACACUCUCCUAAAAACUACCAGCUCCAUUUUGGUAUAGCAACAAGGUGAAUGCAAUGGUUUGGGCAAAUAGCAGGGUUCCAAGAAUAACCUCUUUACCCAAGUUCAUGGCAAGCAAAUCUUAGCCUGCUUAAUGCAAGAAGAGUGACUGCUUCUUCUUUUAACGAUAGACUGGUGAUUAGUCUUUAACAGGACAGGUGGCAAUCAGCUGUUGUGCGAAAGACCUUUCCAAAAUUCUUGGAUCCCUGAAUAGUUCACAUUUUAUUAAAAGUAUGGCAAAGUAUCACAGUCUACUAUUCAUUGUGGAAGUACACUUCUGUUUAGUUAUUCAAUUUAGAAACAGCUAAUUUUGUUAGGAUUUCUCUGAAUUUCUGAAUGUUUAGUACAUAGCUUCAGUUCUAAACAGCCACUAAAGUGACAUAAUUCUUUAGUGUGGACUUUUUCACCGUGUUAGCAAAACUUGAAUUUUGCAUGCAGUAGCACUGGCUUCACAAAUUUAUAUAAACUUAAAAUAAUAUAGCAGUUGAACUCAUGGUGUAACUGGUGUGAUAACUACAAUAAACUUAACAGCAUUUAGUAGUCUAUUCUGGAAUAUGCUUAGUGCAAGUAUGUGGUACCAGUUUUGAACAAGUCUUUGUAACCUUUUAAAAAUUGUGUUUAGUUUUAUGUAAUAUUUAAUAGUUAUAUAAUCAUAAUUUGUAAUAAAAGAAUCAUGUGUGCUAGUUUAACAUGGAUAUUUUCCAUGUAAACAGGUAUGGAAAUAGGGAAUAUUUAGGCUGGACUGGUUGGAUUAUUGAUGACUGACUUGGGAGUCGACGUUACUAAAGCAGUGUGAAUCCCUGUUUGCUUCAGGGCGAGAUGUGUGACAGAGGUGGCAUCAAGUUCUUACAGUCCCAACCCUCCAACGAAAAUGGGCGAAGAUCUCAGGAAUGGCAUCGGUCACAGGAAAUCGAUAGUGGCUGGCUGCUAGCUUGGCCACUUGGGGCUUAGGCAGAGAUAUAGCCUUGGUACUGGUCAAAAGGGAUCAUAGUCCAUGAAAUUGCUUUUAAACGUGAAACUUCCUUUUUAUGUUUUAUUUAUUUAACCACUUCAGUGCUGAAAACUACAGGAUAACUUAAGUCAUGUAAGGAAAUGUAUACAAUUUAAAUAUUUUCAUAAUCAGUAAUUUUUGUUUUUAUAAUUUUAUUACUUUAAAUAUAGCAGCAAAGUGGUUAAACAAGCCUAUGUAAAUUAUUAGCCCUCCAUUCUAACUGUAAAAUAAUUUAGUAUUAAAAUUUUUGUUUUGUAUUUUCUUAUCCCUGUUCCCAUUACCCUUUUGACCACUUGAAAUGUUUCCACUUCGUCCUCACGAUGUUCUUCUAUCAACCCUGCUUAGGAUGAGAACAAAUUGAGCAGUGCCAAUGGCCAUGAAGAGCGCAGCAAGAAACUUAGCUUAUGGAUAAAAUUGCAUAUGGAGCCCAGAGUUUUGGCCCACCUGCUGCAUAUUAUACAUCAAAGUUUUUCCCAUUUAGUCUAUCAUCAGGUACUUUACAAUAGCUGGCCAUCUCUCUAGUGAGGAGAAAAAAGAGCAAGAGCAGAAGUCGAAGCCAUGACAGGAAAAGAAGCAGAAGUAAGGAACGCAAACGAAGUCGUGAACGGGAGAGGAAAAAAAGCAAAAGCCGAGAAAGGAAACGCAGCAGAAGUAAAGAACGCAGACGUAGCCGUUCUAGAAGCAGAGAACGUCGUUUCAGAGGCCGUUACAGAAGUCCCUAUUCUGGUCCAAAGUUCAACAGUGCCAUGAGAGGAAAGAUUGGCUUGCCUCACAGCAUCAAAAUAAGCAGACGCCGUUCCAGGAGCAAAAGUCCAUUCAGAAAAGACAAGAGUCCUGUGAGAGAACCUAUUGAUAACCUUACUCCAGAAGAGAGAGAUGCUCGAACAGUGUUUUGUAUGCAACUUGCUGCAAGAAUUAGGCCAAGAGACCUGGAAGAAUUUUUCUCUACUGUAGGAAAAGUUCGUGAUGUACGCAUGAUUUCUGAUAGAAACUCCAGGCGCUCCAAGGGAAUUGCUUAUGUAGAAUUUGUUGAUGUUAGUUCAGUGCCUUUGGCUAUUGGAUUAACAGGACAACGAGUGUUGGGAGUACCAAUCAUAGUACAGGCAUCCCAAGCAGAGAAAAACAGAGCAGCAGCAAUGGCAAAUAAUCUGCAGAAAGGUAGUGCUGGGCCCAUGAGACUGUAUGUAGGAUCAUUGCACUUCAACAUAACUGAAGAUAUGCUUCGUGGAAUUUUUGAGCCAUUUGGUCGGAUUGAAAGCAUUCAGUUGAUGAUGGAUAGUGAAACAGGACGUUCCAAAGGAUAUGGAUUUAUCACUUUUUCCGACUCAGAGUGUGCCAAAAAGGCCUUAGAACAACUAAAUGGUUUUGAGCUAGCUGGUAGACCAAUGAAAGUUGGUCAUGUAACUGAGCGUACAGAUGCAUCCAGUGCCAGCUCAUUUUUGGACAGUGAUGAAUUGGAAAGGACUGGCAUUGACUUGGGUACAACUGGCCGUCUCCAGUUGAUGGCAAGACUAGCUGAAGGUACUGGUUUGCAGAUUCCUCCAGCUGCACAGCAAGCUCUGCAGAUGAGUGGAUCAUUAGCAUUUGGAGCUGUGGCAGAUUUGCAGACAAGACUUUCGCAGCAGAGUGAAGCACUAGCUGCAGCGGCUUCUGUACAACCACUUGCAACACAGUGCUUCCAGCUCUCCAACAUGUUUAACCCUCAAACUGAAGAAGAAGCUGGCUGGGAUACAGAAAUUAAGGAUGAUGUGAUUGAGGAGUGUAACAAACACGGAGGAGUUGUGCAUAUAUAUGUGGACAAAAAUUCAGCUCAGGGCAAUGUGUAUGUCAAAUGCCUUUCAAUAGCUGCAGCAAUUGCAGCUGUUAAUGCAUUACAUGGAAGAUGGUUUGCUGGUAAAAUGAUUACAGCAGCAUAUGUACCUCUUCCAACAUACCACAAUCUUUUUCCUGAUUCUGUGACUGCAACUCAGCUUUUGGUUCCUUCUCGGCGAUGAAGAUGGAUUUAGUCAGUUUUGUACAUAGCUAUUUUUGGAGGAAGACCGAGUUACCUUUUAUUUAGACAAAACAAAAGGAAAGGGUGUAAUGUCCUUUUGUGUACACUUCCUGUUACCUUUAAACAAAAAAUAAAGAGUAAGCAGGAAUGCUGUGUGUUCAUUCUCUCUUGAUUAGCAUUCCCACUGUAUACAAAGCUGACUACUUGUUCUGCCUUGUAAUUCUUGUACAUUUUAGAACAUUUGGCUAGGGUGAUCUGUAGGAACAGAUGUAGCUCAUAGAAAAGAUUUUCUGUAAAAGGUGGUCAGGACAUGAUUUUUUAAUGUUUUCACCAGCCUUUUCUUUUAAUGCAGGUAUUACAUUUUACAUUCACUUAAAUGUAGAUGCUCUGCUAAAGGUUAAUAUCAGAAUUUAACUGGACAUAUUUAGUGUGGGUUUUUUUUUAUGGACUGAAAAUUCAAGAGGCUACUGAGUGACUCUUUUGGUCAGCUGAUCAUUUAAUGUUUGGUCAUUUAAUGUUGACCAGUUGGCAGCAUUGGGAAGAUUAGAGCAUUUUAUUUCUAGAUGGUAACUUCUGAUUGUCACUGUAAAAGGUUCUUGUAAAUAAAGUGUAAGGUGUGUUUAGAAUUCCAAACAAAGCUAUCUCUGCAUUUCCAAAUUAAAGGUCCAUUGAUUGCAGGGAAUGUACUUAGUUUGAAAGUUGAAGUAGGAAAUGCAGGAAUAUAUUUUGUCUGGUUGCAUAUAAUCUCUGCUCUUUUUUAAGCUCUGUGAGCUCUGAAAUAUAUUUUUGGGUUAACUUCAGUGUGUUUGACAAAACAGCUUGAUAUUUCUAUCAACAAAUGACUUUCAUAUUGCAACAAUCUUUGUAAGAACCACUCAAAUAAAAUUCUCUUAAAGGCC